GUGAAGCUAGCUCUUAGUUGUGUUUGCCCGCAAGUAUUUGCAGCAGCAGUAAUAAGCGUGCCGCAGGCCCAGCUUGCUCUCUGCUAGUGUUUGCGCGCAGCAUGUCGCAGAAGACGCGAGGCCGCUACAGGCGGUACUUGGAACCGAACUCAACUGAUCAAGUACCAAAGCAGACCCUCAGCAGCAUUGCCAAGCGAGCGAAAACACGCAGCGCUAGCAAGGUUGUUGCACCAAACAAGCAGGCAGCGACCAUUGUUUGUGCAAAGGACUCUCCAGUUCAUCGGACAGCCAGUGUUUCUGAAGAUGCAUCUCGGGAUGGCAACCUGAGCAUGUUACCAGACAUGGCUGCUAGCUGCCUUGAUGAUGAACCGCCAAUGCCUUAUGCCAGCAACACAUGUGAAAGAGACGAGAGAGACGAAGAUGAAUGCUCUGUUCCUGCUCCCAGUGUUGCCAUGCAGGAUGUCGGCUCUGAAACCGAAGAAGAGGCCGACCAUACACAGGUGCAACAUGACAGCGAAGGUGACAGUGCAGCCGAAGAUUGUGACACGGAACAGUUCGGUUUGGAUGAUGCCCCUGAGCAGUACUUCUUGAAACUCUCAAAGGAAACGCUCCCUUCGCAGUCGACGACAAAGGCAGAGGCACUGUUGCUCAUCUUAGCUUAUGUUGUCAGUGCUGGACUGACGUGGGCUCAAAUUAGAGGUCUGCUAAUUUUGAUAAAUGCCCUGUUAGGAAGCAAUGUAGUGCCUGGAAGCACAUAUUUCUUCCGAAAGCUCUGGAAAGACAAGAAAGAACUGAUAAAGCUACAUUUUUUUUGUCACACUUGUCAUGAAUAUUUGGGGAAGUUCUCAAGAUCUGAAGAAAAUGUGUCGGUGACUUGUCAGUCAUGUGGCAUGGAGAAGACGCUUCAGAGCCUGAAGCAUUCUGGGAGUUUCUUCUUGGUGUUUGAUAUGAGGCAGCGGAUGCUAGAUAUAUUGAAGAAUGCGUGCUUAGCUCGGAGAUCAGAGACGGCAUGCAUAGAGGAGCUACUGCCCUACAAGUUGCAGAUGCUUCCUGUUCAGGAAGGGCUCAUCUUCAUUGCAGAGUGCAGCUCGUAG